AUGCCUUAUACUCCUUGGCCUGCUAUAUUGAGGUCCUUGCUUAGUGAUUGUCGGAUACGUGGGAACAUAGAGUUGGGAGAAUGGACUGCAAAGAAUUUAGUUCCAGAAAAUGAUGUAUCUUAUGUACUAUUGUCAAAGGUUUACUCUGAAGGAGGUAGUUGGGAAGAUGCUACAAACAUAAGGAGGGAAAUGAUAGAAGGAGGUGUGCCAAAAAAUACUGGAUAUAGUUGGAUCGAGUUCUUGGCAACGAGUGAUGAAGCAGAACUUGAUGGUCCUCUUCCCACUUCAGGUCUAAGCACUAAAAGAGCAGUAGCAAAAGCAAAUGACCAACCAACAAGUACAUGUAAGAAGUUGGGGACUGGUCGAACUAAGUUAACAGGAGGAACCAACAACGCAAAGUUUGCACCUGAAAAUCCUUAUGCUCCUCUGUUAUCAGCCAAAUGUUACUGA